AGUAACUUUCCAUCUCAUCCUUUCCAUCCAUGUAUAGAUCGAACUGCAAGUUGGUGAUCUUGGUCCUGAUCAUUUCGAUGUUAUCAGUGUUCGCCGACCCUCCCAAAGGCCACUACGUCGGAUCUGACUUGAAGCCUAGUUAUCUUCGAAUAGAUGCAGCAUUCAGCGACAUUCAAGGUUCUAUGACCCUUCAUUUCAGUAUCGAAUGUGGCGCUACCCGUAAAAGGUUCGACGCGUGGUUUGGGCUCUUCCUCUUGCCUAACACGAGGUACAGAUAUGCAAUCUUGCCCCCUCUAGAUGAGUAUAACCAACUGUUAUCCUUUUACAACAAGGAAUGCGGCCGCGCUCCAGCAAGUUUUCCUGAUUUCUACAACUUCGGCUACGACGAAGUAGCUGGUCGCGUCUCCGUUCUGGUCACAGGGCCUGAAAGGAGUAAGAUGGUUUACCUAUAUAAGCAUAAGCCGUCAUUUUGGCACCGGUAGCUUGGAGGGGAGUAGAUGGCGUCUCGCUGAGGAGAGUCUACUGUAACAUUCCUUCUAGCAUCGUCCUUAGCCCCGUCAGAUGCUUCAUCAUGAAUCUUUUAUUCAACAUCCACCCGUGGAUGAAUGAUUAUUACCCUUUUCCAGUUACAUCGGCGCGUUUUAUUAGAAAUUUCAUUCGAGAGGAUGGAUACAUAAUCAUCUUUUAUGGGUCCAGAGUGUAUACGUUAUUCUUGGAGUAUACUGAGCAUGCAUCUGCCCGUACGAAGAGUCACAUUCAGUUGGUCAUAUCAUCGAGUCGACUAUGAAGUCACUUUGGUAACCAAAGUUUGGUUGUCUCAGUCGAGACAUGGGUAUCGAUA